AUGACGACUAAGGAGGCGGAAGUGGUGGUUUUCGAUCUCCCUGAAGAUAUUGCAGUCAACAUUCUGCGCCGGUUGCCGGUCAAAUCUUUGAUCAGGUUCACUUGCGUCUCGAAACGGUGGCGUUCUAUUAUCCUCUCCGACUCUCAGUUGGCCAGUAUUAGUUCCACUUUUCACCUUACAUCUCAUCAGACCAGAACCCUCCGUCGUCAACGACUCCUCCUCUGCAGUGUUGGAGAUAAUAAUCGUCCCUCUAGAUUUCAUUGUCUAGGAAACUUGCGCGCGCCUCGUUUCGGAGGGAACUCAUUGCUCCAAAGCCUCACCCUCCCGCCGGAGGUCGAAACCGCAAGGGUAAUGCUAGCCUCUUAUAAUGGUUUGGUGGUUUUAGGUGAACGAUCACAUGGAUUCUUCAUUAACUUGUCGAUGUGGAACCCAUCAACUGGAUUCUUCCGCAAGAUUCCUAGUCCAGUGUUUUCGAUGAGAGAGGGAAGAAAAAACAGUAGCUCUGUGGCUUGUGGUUUUGGUCAUGUUAUGGCCACUGAUGAGUACAAACUUGUUUUCUUUGAACCGUUGGAUCUUGCAGUGCACAUAUUUUCAACCAGGGAUAGCUCAUGGAAAGUUAUCGGAGCUCCUGACUCGUCGUUCCCUGGAUAUGGCAUGUCUAUAUUUACUCCUCGUUCAUCAUUCCCGGAAUAUAAUGGCGUGCCUCUUUUAGUUUCGAAUGGAGCAUGUCAUUGGGUCAGGAAUUGGGUUCCGGAACCAGCUAUCUAUGCUUUUGAUUUGGCAGAGGAGGAGUUCCGCAAAUUGCCAUUGCCUCUUGCUUUGAUGCCAGAAUUACCAAAUGGCUUAUAUGCGAGACAGAUAUAUACUCAGGUUCUCAGAGAAGGAUGCCUUUGUGUAUGGACUUGGAACUGUUAUGGAUAUGCUGAAUUCUGGGAGAUGAAAGAGUAUGGGGUCCCUGAAUCUUGGGUUAAACUGUUUCAUUUCAGUGUGUUCGAUUUACCAGAUAUUUUUGUCUCAACAAUUGGUUGGACUCCUGUUCUGGUCACAGAAGGCGGUACAGUUGUGUUCGACCUCUAUGGCAAGAAGUUCUAUGGCGACAGAGAGUUGGUGAGAGUUAAAUGUCAUAGAGAAGAAAAGCCUGUCUGUAGCGGCCGGUGUAAGAUUGAGGGUGUAAUAGAGGGUUUGGCUGAAUAUGCUGUGAUGGUAUAUGAUGAAACUCUACUUUCUGUAUAA